UAAAAAGAGCGAGGGACAAAAUAUGAUGUUUACGAAAGCAAUCGUUAUUUGUAAAUUAAAACUUAUUUUUGUCUGUGAUUUUGAAAAUAAUCUACAAAAAUAAAGAACGAGUGAAAUUCGCAUCUCAUUUUUUUAUUUACUUAAUCGUCAUGUAUGAAAAUAUUAUCACAAUAUAACUCAAAAACAAUAAUUUAAAAAAAAUCAAAAUGAGCUCAAAAGACGAUGAUGUACCUAAUUAUGUUGUACCAACUAUUCCUACAUCAAUAACGAAUUCAUCAAUAUACGGAGGCAGAGGACCUCCGAUGGUGCCACAAGAUGAUACAAACACAAUUAGUAUUUUACUACUAAUUUUAAAGGCAUCAAUUAUGGUAUUUAUAAUAGUUGCAGCUAUAUUUGGCAACCUUUUAGUUAUAGUGUCUGUAAUAAGAGUAAGGAAACUAAGGAUUAUCACCAACUAUUUUAUAGUGUCCUUAGCCGUCGCCGAUACAUUAGUUGCUAUGAUGGCUAUGACCUUUAACUUUAGUGUUCAAAUAACUAACAAAUGGUUAUUUGGCCCAUUCAUGUGCGAUACGUGGAACUCGUUGGAUGUUUACUUUUCAACUGUCAGCAUCUUACAUUUGUCCUGCAUAUCUGUGGAUAGAUUCUAUGCAAUAGUUAAGCCAUUAAAAUAUCCUAUAAAUAUGACGAAACGAAUAGUCGCUGUAAUGAUACUUUGUACAUGGAUAUCACCAGCAUUACUAUCAUUUGUACCCAUAUAUGCAGGUCUGUACACAACUGAUGAACAUUUAGAAGCUGUUAAAAAAAAUCCAGAUACGUGUGAGUUCAUCGUCAAUAAAGUGUAUGCUAUAGUUUCUAGCUCAAUAUCCUUUUGGAUCCCUUGUACUAUUAUGUUGUUUACUUACUUUCAAAUAUUUCGUGAGGCCAAUCGGCAAGAAAAACAACUUGUAGCUCGUCACGGUACAGCUAUGUUGAUUCAUCAUCGAUCUUCUACUGGAAAUACUAAUGGAGAAGCUCUAAGUUCAUCAUCUAAAACUUUGGCUCUCCAUGAAGCAGAUACAGAUCAUACGCCAACCAAGGAUAAAAAUCUAAUGAAAAUUCGAAGAGAACAUAAGGCUGCUAGAACACUUGGAAUCAUUAUGGGAACUUUCAUAUUGUGUUGGCUGCCGUUUUUCCUGUGGUAUUUAAUAACUUCACUUUGUGGCCCCGAAAUAUGCCCUACACCGAAUGUUGUCGUAGCAAUUUUAUUUUGGAUAGGAUACUUUAAUUCAACUUUAAAUCCAAUAAUUUACGCUUAUUUCAAUCGAGAUUUUAGAGAAGCAUUCAAAAACACAUUAGAAUGCAUAUUUUGUUCAUUCUGUCGUAGAAAUUCUCCAUUGGAUUACGAAAUUAGACGAACUAGUUUGCGUUACAAUAGUAGAGCUAAAAGUAUUUACUCUGAAAGCUACUUAAGACCUCAUCAUCAUGAUCGUCAUAAUUUUGAAUCUCCAGAGAAUUUGUAACAAAUUGUUCAAUUCCAAUUAUAAAUGCAAAGAAAUGACAAUCGUGAAAUUUUGUAAUGCUCGAUCAAUAAUAAUAUUUAUUAUGUGACCUCCGUAUGAACGCAAA